AUGAAAAAAAUGAGAAGGUCACUUUCAACAAUUUUGCAAUUAACAAUUGAUAAUUUUGAUGCAAUCAGUCCCAGAUAUUGUAAUCAGACUUAUAUUGAAUCCAACGAUCCAACUAUGAUCGAAUCAGAAUUAAGAAGUUACAUUGGAAUACAUUGGCGUAUGGAAUCUAUUAAGGUCGAAAACUUGUCAACAUGUGCAAACGAUUUAAUCAGACUAAUAACAAAAUUUAAAAAUAAAUAUGACACUAAGGGUGUUUAUUUGGCUACAUGCUACCCUUUGUAUCCAAGAUAUGAAUCUCGGCCAACAACCUUUAGAGACUUGAUAAAUUUUCAUCGUGAUGCAGUGAAAAAACUGCUAGAUUCAGGACACAAGAUAGAUGAUUAUUUAUCAAUGAAUAUACUUAAAGAUAUGAGAAACGAUCCAAGAUGCAAAGAUGAAUUUGAAGGUCCUGGUAUUAUUAGAAUCAUAGAUAAAUUGACGUGUAUGAAUUUAACUGUUUUGAUAUAUAGUUCAGCACGUUGUGCCAGAAACUCCAGUUUCACCGCAAGAAUUAUCGAUGAAAGAAUAAACGCCCAUAAUAAUGAAUUUUUGGUUUUAACUGUAAUGACAAAGCUGAUUGUAGUGGCAAUUAUUGACGAUUUACAGCAAGAAUAUACUAGAUCAUCAAAAUUAUGUGUUUGGUUUCCAAGAACAUGGUGUUUAAAAAACUUCAUCAAACCAAAUCAGAUAAUAUCAAUAUCUUUGAUCUCUCCAAAAAAUGUUAACAACAAUAAUUCAAUAAAUAAAAAAUGUUAUCAUUAUGCAUCAGUCAAAUUUUAUUCAAAACGUUCAGAAUUAUUUAAAUCAAAUAAUUUAUUUCCUAAUCAAUUAAAAUUCCAUCUGCCCACGACAACGAUCACUUCUACUUCUACUAUCGAUAAUUUAUCACAAUUGAUGAAUAAUUUGAAUAUAAGUUCUUCUUCUUCUGCUUCAUUGGAUGUAAAUUCUAAAAUAAUGGAAAAAGAGGGUGAAACUGAAAUUGUUAUUUCAAGAUCUUUAGCUUGUAAUUUAGGUGUUUGUUCAGUUCAAGAUAAAAUUGAUAAUAUAAAAUUUCCAAUUAGUUUUAUCUUUGAAAAAAAGAUAGACAAUAUUCCAAUUGCAACAGAAGUGAUUUUAUCUAAACUAUCAUCACCACCAUCAACGCUGCCGUUAGGAACUCGAUUUAAACAGAUAAACUAUUAUUUUAAUCAAGAGAUUUUCAAGAGAGCAAAUCUUGGGUCAAUUGUAUCACGUGAUUCGAUUAUUUAUCAAAAUGGAUGUAAUGGAAUACAACUUUAUAAAGUAUCAAGAGUGAAUUCUUCUUUUAUUUUGACUGAUCCAGCUGAUUCUGUUGCGAGAAUUGCAGAAUCAACCAAAUUAGAAAUUAAUGUAAAUAAUAAUAAUAAUGUCGACGUUGAUUCUAUCAUAAUAACAUUCUAUGGCAAAUCUUCUAUUGCUUUAGAAUAUGGUGGUUCUGAGGUAGCAAAGAACUAUGAAGGAAAGAAAUCUACAAAAUGGCUCUUUGAAGCAGAUUUAAAAUUGCCAAAGGUUCUCAAAGACAUGCUUUUGCUAUUAAACAGUCAUAUUUCUGAUAUGAAAGAAAGAAGGAAACUCAUAACUGUUGGCUACAUCCAUGGGGGUCUUCAACUUAUGUUUAUGACUUUAGAUAAUCCUGCUGGGUAUGUUUUCUGUCUUGUAAAAAGUUCAUUAUACAGUAUUCCUGUUUCUUUCCAAAAUUUUACAGAAGCACUGGAGUUGAUUGCUUCUGUAUGGACAAUGAAGCAAAAGCCUGUGAAAUUUGGUGGCCCAAUGAUAAAAGGAGCUGAUCAAGAAAAUCAAAACACUAAUAUCUCAAAAAAAAGAUCUAUAUCAAAAAAUGAUACUCCGAUUUCAAACAAGAGAAUAAAUAUAAAUGAUUGA